AUGGCCCCUCCUUCCAGCAGCCUCCAGGACUUCAUUCCUCACCUGCACCCGAGGCUACAUCCUCCCGGUCUUUUCUGUGCCAGUUGCUGCCAGCGUUCUCACACAAAGUCUUCGAAGGCUCUCGUUUUCCCUUCUGCUCUCCGCCUUGUCUUCCCCACACCAGAAUCGCCCUCCACGCUCUGUUCCCAGCUGCGACGGCUUCUCCAGCAUUCUCCUGGGAAGUAUCCCAGCCGUACCCACGCCUCUGUCCCGAAGCCUUCAUGUCUUCAGAGUGAAACAUCUUUCAACCUAAUAUCAGAGAAAUGUGACAUUCUAUCCAUUCUUCGGGAUCAUCCUGAAAACAGGAUUUACCAGAGGAAAAUCCAGGAACUCAGCAAAAGAUUUACCUCAAUCCGAAAGACCAAAGGAGAUGGGAACUGCUUCUACAGGGCCUUGGGCUAUUCCUACCUGGAGUCUUUGCUGGGCAAGAGCAGAGAGAUCCUCAAGUUUAAAGAGCGUGUGCUACAGACUCCAAAUGACCUCCUGGCUGCCGGCUUUGAGGAACACAAGUUCAAAAACCCCUUUAACGCUUUUUACAGUGUGGUCGAGCUGGUAGAGAAGGACAGCUCAGUGUCCAGCCUGCUGAAGGUGUUCAACGACCAGAGCUCCUCGGACCAGAUCGUGCAGUUCCUGCGCCUGCUCACAUCUGCCUUCAUCAGGAACCGAGCUGACUUCUUCCGGCAUUUCAUAGACGAGGAGAUGGACAUCAAAGACUUCUGCACUCACGAAGUGGAGCCCAUGGCCAUGGAGUGUGACCACGUCCAGAUCACAGCUCUGUCGCAGGCACUGAACAUCGCUCUGCAGGUGGAGUAUGUGGACGAGAUGGACACCGCUCUGAACCACCACGUGUUCCCCGAGGCUGCCAUACCUUCCGUUUAUCUGCUCUAUAAAACAUCCCACUACAACAUCCUGUAUGCAGCUGAAAAACACUGAUUUUAGGCCAUGCAGGAGCCUGUCAUCUAAUGGACUGCAUUCUAAAUGGAACCUUCUGACUUGGCGAUUUUUUAAUUGAUUUAGACAACUAGGAAACGUACAGCCUUUUGGGUAAAGCCACUGAACUGAGACUUGUGCCCACUAUGGACUGUCAUGACUUAAUAGGAAUUUUAGUAUUUAUUUUGAUAGAUAAUGUAAUGCCUGCUAACUCUGGACCGGAAAGCCAGGAACCCUGUCUAUGUACCCGUUUACUGUUAAGAACCUCGUUGGACUUAUUUAUUUAUCAGGAAGAGGUUCCUGGCAGUGUUGAUGUGAUGUUGUGUGAAAAUGGGGAUAUAUGGUUAGUCCUCACCAGGGCAGUGGCCCUCAUAGGGAAGAAAAGCUCAGGUCGGCUGCCACAUUCAGGUGACUUACUGGACCUAUGAACCUGUGUUGGGUGGGUAAUGGUAGACAACUGUCUGAAUGUGUAGUUCAUUCAUGGUGGCUUGCUUUCCCAUGCAUGAGAGAGAGAGAGAGAGAGAGAGACUUUUUUAUACCAAAGUCCAGAAAAGGACUUUAGCCUUCAGCAUGAAGCUCAAGUUGUGAGGUCCUUCUACCUCAGAACCAGAACUCCCGACUUUGGGGGACAGGCCCUUCAGGGUUCUACCUUCAAUGCCACCUGGAUAAGGCUUGACAAAGAUAAAGGCCUGUACCCGAGUCAGUGUGUUCAUGUCUGGGCCCAGGGAGCUGCAGCUGCCCAUCAUCCCCAGUAAAUUCUAGAAGCGCUUAGGUAAGUCAGCUGGGUAGGGUGUGGCCAUGGAAACAAGGGCAACGCAAGGCUCCUCAGUUUCCCUGGCCUGGCUUUGGAGGCAGCGAGGUAGGAAACAACAGACAAGCCAUUGGUGGCAAGGGCGUUUCCGGUGCUGGCAGCAGCCUCUUCCUCUGCACGUGCCCCUUAAUAGCCCCCUUUACUCAUUUGCUGCCUCAAGACCUUCAGCAGUGCCCCUGAGGACACUGUGGGAAAGUCAGCCUCCAGCUGGGCUGAGGCACUAGCUAGCCAUGCCUUCUGUAAGACAGCCAUGGAACCACCCACUGGUACCCUUCCUUGGGUGCAAAGCCCCCCCCCUCCCCCAUGUUUCAUUCUGCUGGUGAGGGUC